AUGAGAGUGCAUGUGCUCUCCGCCUUGGCUGGUUCCUUCAAACUUGUUCUCCAUCCAUUUGUAGACAAGCAACUCGGCAAAGAACAUCACCAUAAGCGUGAUAAGACAGAUACCAAAGGCCAAAGGAUACUCUGUGAAUGGUGCUCCCAAACACUCUUCACCCAAGGCAUCACUAGCAGGCUCCAACAAAUGGAUAAAAGCAGUAGCCACAAUAACUCCAGAUCCAAAGAACUUGGCAAUGAAGAAACACCAUGGUGGCAGUCUAAUAAAGGAGUAUCUAGAGGACAGGAUAGGGAAGUAAGCUCCAAAGAACGAAGCUACCAAGACCACAAACACUGCACUCACACGAGCCCCAAAAUGUUCUCCAUCGUAAUCAUUGUCAGACACACAAGCGUCAUCGUCUCGCUUCCAGAAAUCCAUUUCGCUAAUGAGUAA